UGGAAAUGACUGGGGAAGGUGAGCGUUGAAUUUGGAGGCGAAGAAAUCAUGGCAAAAUGUAUCUGUUUUCUUCAAGUCCUUGUCACCAAUUGUCAAUAUAAUGAACGUUAGACAAUUGUCUUCCUUCUGAGAAGAAAUAGGUAAAAAAUGGAAGGAGAAGAUGACAAAAACGACGUGGUUUAUUCGAGUGGAGAUGAAGGUGGUGCGAGUGUCAUGUCGGAAAGAGUGUCCAAUCUUGCUAACAGUAUUUACAGCGAGUUUGAGCGAAUGAUACAAAAAUACGAUCAAGAUGUUGUUUCAGGACUUAUGCCGCUCAUGGUAUCAGUCUUAGAACAGCUUGAUAGCGCUUAUGGAGACAAUAACGAACAACUUGUGGAACUGGAAAUUCUGAGUGAUGAUAACGAGCAACUUAUAACGCAAUAUGAAAGGGAAAAGCAGCUACGAAAGCUGGCUGAAAACGUAAGUGAAAUAAUCCGUACUUUUGUGAAUAUUUAGCUAUGAUUAUCGAAAUUGAAGUCUUUUGUAUUUAAUGACGAAUUUAGUCAUUGUCUGAGUUGAUAAUUUCUAACUUUCAGUGUGAUCUACCUGUUCGAUGCAUUUGAGCAAUUUUGUAUUAGUACGUGGAAUACUAUUGGAAUUAAUACUAUGUUCCACUGCGAUUUUUUUUAUUGUUGUUGACUGAAAAGUUUCGUGAAUUUUAAGCCAUGUUUUUGUGGUCAAUAAUUCAUCAUUAGUUAUUUUUUGCCUUUAUUUCGAAAGAUCUACGUAAGGCGUUGUCUUUUCGGCAAUUUUGCAGCUUCGAUUCUAAUUUCUUUAAUUUUGAAGGUUGUUACUCUUUUUAACCUACAAAAGUAGAAAUUGAGUAUUCUGAUUUAAUCGUAUUAUGAUAUAUUUCUUCAUCACCUUGCAGUAAGCUUACUUACAUAAUAAUUUGCUUGUGGGGUAACGAUUUUAAGCAUAGUGCUCUUAGUUUUAGCCCGUGACUCUCAAAGGAUAUAUUUUUGGAGCCAAAUGUAAGUUUUAAAGCUUUACAUCAACGGAAAUAUUCUAAGAACAAAUGAAAGAAGUGAUUUAUUGGCAGCAGCUGAGAGUAUUUUCAAUGCGUUUUCAUUGAGCGAAGUACACGUGGGUACAGUUGUGUCUGAGAUCAACAAUUUUUUAAAUUACAGAAAAGGUAAACAUUGUUCAGUACGAUUUGUGUACUUCUUCACUACUUUACAGCUGCAAUUUUAAACUCCAAAAUAAAAAUAGUUUUAGUAUUUACAUCAGACCAGGAUUUAUCAUUCAAAACACUGUAAAAUCCUGAUUAUGAUCCUUGGGGUUUUCAAACCUCCACAAGGGGUAAACUAUUUACCUGCAAAGGUUACAGGAAAAUUGAUUAUUGGAAGCACUUAGCUCUAUAACUUUAUAUUUAUGCAUAUGAGGAGUCACAUCUUUUUCAGCUUUGAAAUUCAUAGAUAUAUAUAUAUAUUUUUAUAACAUUUUCUUUGAUGUGAAUUAAGGAUUAAACAUAGGUUGCUGUGAAUUCUGCUUAAUCUUUGGUUUGAACUUUUGAGUUUUUCUUUAACACACGGUCGAUGGGUCAGGUUACGGGUCAUUAGAGCUUGUUGUUUUAGAAAAUAGUGUCAUUAAUUUCCCUUUGUAACAUUUGAUGAUAACUUAAUAUCCACUUUACAAACCUCUCACAAUACGAAAGCUGGCUGAAAACGUAAGUGAAAUAAUCCGUACUUUUGUGAAUAUUUAGCUAUGAUUAUCGAAAUUGAAGUCUUUUGUAUUUAAUGACGAAUUUAGUCAUUGUCUGAGUUGAUAAUUUCUAACUUCCAGUGUGAUCUACCUGUUCGAUGCAUUUGAGCAAUUUUGCAUUAGUACGUGGAAUACUAUUGGAAUUAAUACUAUGUUCCACUGCGAUUUUUUUUAUUGUUGUUGACUGAAAAGUUUCGUGAAUUAUAAGCCAUGUUUUUGUGGUCAAUAAUUCAUCAUUAGUUAUUUUUUGCCUUUAUUUCGAAAGAUCUACGUAAGGCGUUGUCUUCUCGGCAAUUUGAUUGCUUUGAAUUUGCAGCUUCGAUUCUAAACUUUUGAAGGUUGUUACUCUUUUUAACCUACAAAAGUAGAAAUUGAGUAUUCUGAUUUAAUCGCAUUAUGAUAUAUUUCUUCAUGACCUUGCAGUAAGCUUACUUACAUAAUAAUUUGCUUGUGGGGUAACGAUUUUAAGCGUAGUGCUCUUAGUUUUAGCCCGUGACUUUCAAAGGAUAUAUUUUGGAGCCAAAUGUAAAUUUUAAAGCUUUAGAUCAACGGAAAUAUUCUAAGAACAAUUGAAAGAAGUGAUUUAUUCGCAGCAGCUGAGAAUAUUUUCAAUGCGUUUUCAUUGAGUGAAAUACACGUGGGUACAGUUGUGUCUGAGAUCAACAAUUUUUAAAUUACAGCAAAGGUAAACAUUGUUCAGCACGAUUUGUGUACUUCUUCAUUACUUUACAGCGGCAAUUUUAAACUUAAAAAAUAAAAAUAGUUUUAGUAUUUACAUCAGACCAGGAUUUAUCAUUUAAAACACUGUAAAUCCUGAAUAUGAUCUUUGGGGUUUUCAAACCUCCACAAGGGGUAAACUAGUUACCUGCAAAGGUUACAGGAAAAUUGAUUAUUGGAAGCACUUAGCUCUAUAACUUUAUAUUUAUGCAUAUGAGGAGACACAUCUUUUUCAGCUUUGAAAUUCAUAGAGAUAUAUAUUUUUUAAUAACAUUUUCUUUGAUGUGAAUUAAGGAUUAAACAUAGGUUGCUGUGAAUUCUGCUUAAUCUUUGGUUUGAACUUUUGAGUUUUUCUUUAACACACAGUCGAUGGGUCAGGUUACGGGUCAUUAGAGCUUGUUGUUUUAGAAAAUAGUGUCAUUAAUUUCCCUUUGUAACAUUUGAUGAUAACUUAAUAUCCACUUUACAAACCUCUCACAAUAUGUGCAAGUCUGAAUAUUAAUUUAAUUAUGAAUUAAAUCAAUUAAAUUUUCUUAAGAUUUUUUGAAAUUUUUAAUGCCAAUGAGCUUUUGUUUUAUGGUAGUGUCGGGGGAGAGGGUUAACCCUUUAAGCCCCAAGAAUGGUCAGCAUGAAAUUUGUCCUCAUAGUAUCAAUGCUUUAUAAAACAGAGUCGUCAGGAGAAUUGAGGACCUGAUCAGGAAAGAUGAAUCUAAUUGAUACUUUAACGAAUUCUCCCCACUACUUCUAUUGAAAACACAUAGGGACAACAAAUGAGAAUAACAAUUUUGAUAUUAGGGUUUAAAGGGUUAAGGGGCAGGGAAGGGUAGUGGUGAGAUGAAUUAGCCAAACUCUUCAAUCAUUAUAUACCAGGGUGUAAAGAAAGUCAGUUUUACAGCUUGUCAUUCGGGCAGGCUGUAGCUAGCACAUAUUAGCCCAAAAGUCAUUUCAACUAGCCCGAAGAAAAAAAAUUAUGAUGAGCAUUGGUUACAGUUCUUCUGUAAUUUGAAUUCCCCCAAAAAAAUUCAUUUUCCCAUCGGGCAAGUUAAGAACAGAAAUCACUAGCCCGAUAGCAAAAUCCACUAGCCCCGGGCUAUUGGACACCACUUUCUUUGCAUACUGUAUACACUAUGAAUUUUUUUCACAUUCUUCUUUCUUCGCACUAUGAGCCUUCAUAAAUACACUUCGCUGCAAAAGAAGGCUCUAAGGAAUAUAUAAGGGCAACAGAAUUUAAAGGGCUCGAAUUAAUGGUAACCUGUUAACCAAUGGUUAGUAGUUUUCAACAUUUGUUGGGAAUAAUGUGUCCAAGUGACCAACAUGGCUCAAAGGAAAAUUUUCUUUUAGAACACUGGCAUGGAAAACUCAAGAAAGCAGUGUGAGGAAAAAUGUAAAUAAGGACCAAAAAUCUGCAUGACUAGAAAAAGACAUUUUUCUGGUUAUAAUCCAAUGAGGUUAAAAAUGGGGAGGGUAGCGCAUAAAAUUUGUGUCAAAUAACCCAGAGGGUGAGUUAUCCAAAUGCUUGAAUUCGAGCCCUGAUUUGCUAUUGUUUCGGUAUUGAGAGUCAUAAUUUUGUAUUUAUUAUGCACUCAGAAAUACCUUGAGAUUGAAGAUCAGAUAGAAGUUGAAAAGAGAGAAACCCAGAAACAAAUUGAUUCGCUGGAACAUGACAAUAAGAGUUUGGAGGCUCGUAUCAAGAGCUAUCAGGAUCAUGGUGAGUUUUAAGUCACAUUUAGUGAAUAGUUAAAUCAAUAUGAAAUUAAGAAAUAAUUAAAUCGAGGGAAAAGGUGGAGGGGGAGGGGCUAACAGCUCUAUUUUGGAGAGAAGAAAUUUACAGUAAAAGACAAGCCUAAUGUUCAAGAAAAUGGCUCUCUUCCAGGGUGUUCAUUAGGCAUUGGAGAUUGAAGAAUUCUCCGUUUACUAGGCAGAAUUCUCCAGCAAACAUUUGGUAGCCUAUGACUAUAUUUUUUUUGGACGUGGAGCCUCUUUUAAAAUAUUCUUCCGUAACGUUACCCCUUUCUCCUGCUACUAGAAUUCUUAAUGAAAACCCUGUCUUUCUCAAAUGAAUCCCUGGAAGGAACUUUUGUCUCAUUAUAAGCCUUAUAUUUGAGGCUUGCUGUUAAUAUUACUAAUGAUAAAGGUACAUGCAGCUCUGCAGCUGGCAUAAUGUUAUAAUUCAUCAGGGCUUGAAAAAAGGUCCGUCUGGUAGUCUGGAACAAGCAGAUUUUUUUCCUGGACAAACAACUCACUUGCCUAAAAACAAGAGUCUAGGCAAGUCAUCCUCUAACAAAAUCAUUAAAUUAAGUUAAAUAAAAUAUUUAUUGAACACAGGUAACAACAAGGAGUGUGGGCGUGGUUAGCAGUCAGUCAUUUGACUCAAGCGCGGUCAGCCUUGUUUGCAUCACCUCCAUGUGCUCAGUACAGCGUGUUCAUGGCGGCCACUCUCCUCAUUUAGCAUUUGGAUUAUUCUUUUACCCCCGUCCCUCCCCCCAAUUAUUCUUCCAAUGAUAAAUCAGUGUGACAGGUGCCUUGUUCCAUUGGCUAAGGUGCUUAUGGCUGGAGGGCAAGGGUUUGCCAGCCAUGGGGGCAUAACUCAGUCUAGGGGUUGGCUGUGUCAAAGGUGGAAGGCCCUGAAAAUUCCGGGCACCCACCUCCACUAAGCGAUGGUGUUGUUAACUAAGAUGAGCAAGAAGUCGCCCCCAGCAAGUAAAAUGUGAGAAAAUUAAUGCUUUCCAAAAGGACGAGCUGGAUUUCACGUUUUUAAGCUCUGCUUUUACUAGGGAAUCUGUCAUAACUAUAGUCAGAUAAACAAAGAAACUGACUUCAUUGCCAUACAUCAUUAUCUUGAUACAUACUUUUAGUUUUCUUACAAUAGUGACAAAUCUCUCUCUUUACAGUUGAACGUCAGGAUGAGAGAAUCUCUGAGAUGAAGCGUGAAUACCACACACUUCAUGAAAGACACUCUGAGGUACAAUUAUAUACACAGUAGGCCAUAAAUAAGUAUUUUUUCCAGGAGUAACUUGGCUCUUAGAUAUUUCGAAACAUUAGUUGCCAGGUAUUCUUUAAAACAAACAGGAAAUGGUUUUACUCUGUGUUUGUUUUAGGUAUAUGUUGUAGUUAAUUUUUUAUUUCAGUUAAUUUUUAUUUUUUCAUUGUUUUGGGGUAUGGUAAUGUAUGUUAAUGUAAAACAAAGGAAAAACAAAAAUUAACUGCAACAUACAUACCCUCCAGAAUUGCCAGGUCUCAUCAUUUUCUGAUAAUAUGCACGGUAGAUAUCCAGUCUGUCUUAAAGUAAACUCAGGAGGCAUUACAAGAGACUAUACAACAAAUCUUCUAGUUUUUUUAUGACAUCAAGCAACAGCUUUUUUGUUGACACAAGUGGCAAUAAGUUCCCUAGAUUUAUUUUUGCACAUUUUCAAAGAUUCAUAGGCCUUCUAUUCAAGGCGUGAUAGAGGAUUCUAGUCACCACAAUGGUAAUAUAUUUUCAGGUUUUGUGCCAGUGUGGAAAAUUAAGGUGUAUUGGUGCUCACGUUAUACAAAAUUUGAUGCCAUGUGAUGGUUGAUUACUAGUUUUAAUGAAAUAAGAGAUUGCCUAAGAAAGAGUGAUUCAAAUCACUCUUAAGAAAAAACUUUCUUAAUUGAACAAUCUUAAUACAAUAAUUAUUGUAUUUUGGUCUCCAACUGGUACCCAUUGCCAUUGUCAGUAGGAAAUAUUUCAUGUAAGUGCCAGAAAGCAAAGCAAGUUUCUCCUGAUUUUAUUCACAAGCUAAGUUACAGUGGUUUCUAUUGAUUCUAGCUCCUUCAUCAGCACAUGGAAAGGCUUCAAAGAGAUGACAGAAAAGGUCCAGGAACACCUUCAGAUGGCACACCAAGGACGCCCUUUAGGUAUCCCACUAGUACAAAUGAAUAUUAUGAUAAUUCAUCAUCAGAGAAGUUUCUGUAGGGAUAAAAAUUUAUUUAAAGAGGAUGAUUGGCGUGCAAUUUCCAAGUUGAUCACUAAAUACCAUUUGUGGAAUUAUGAAGACAAUCAUAUUACUCCAUCCACGCUGUUUAAAUUUUAUCUCCUCCACUUCCAACAGCACAAUGUAAUUAUGUAAGUGUGUGAAAGUUUAUAUCUUAAAUUUUUGUAUUUUGCUCUGCUUAGUUUUGGUAUUUGCACAAAGCACUCCUACCACAAAGUAGAACAACAGGUUACAGAUAUACUAUUCCCUUGGUUAUCUUGCUAAUGAGGAACUUUGCAGUCAGCUUUGGUCCUUUUUACCGCUACGUACUUCUGUCAAAUAUUGUCCAUUAUGUUAAAGUUUCAAUAUUUUUGUUUUCUGUAGCAGGCCAAGAGCCACUUCUAAUACUGAUUCCCCACAAUCCCCAUCAUUGGGUACUCCAGUAAAUUCUCUAGGGGAAUUGAUUCCCCCUGAGUCCUCUCCAAGACCCAAGACUCCUGACACAGAAAUGCCACUGUUUCCAAUCAAGGUGAAUGCAAAUGAGCUGUCUCUCGAGGAAGAACAACUUGCUAAUGAAAGAAAAGGUAGGUGUCUUGGCAUGCUGAUCUAGUUUCAGGGCAAUGCAAAAUGUAGCCUGUUCCACAGACCGAUCUAAACUACUGGUUGAGUUUUUUUGUGCAACAGUCCCAAAAUCCUUUUUCUGGGUCCCAACCUGUGUAACAGGAUUUGAGUAUGGGCCAGGACUGUCAAUAAGGGCUGGUAGCCAGCCAAAUCCGCCAGCUUGUUAGCCAUCCUCAUCUCCUUCUACCAUAACUGCUAACAAAAAAUAAACACCAUCGAAUAAAAUUGUAAAGCAUCUGUUUCCCAGGGUUAGAUAUGUGGAACGUUCAAAUCAUGCAAUGUCGUGGAGUGCCUGGGACAUUUCAACGGCAUUGUUCCCAGUCUUGCAUGUAUUUUGACGAAGAAACAUGGCGUCUGCAGUGGAAAAUACCUCUUGAAAACCCCUGAAAAUGCCAUUUUCGAGAUUCUAAAUUUCAAAAUGUUCCUAGUUGCCUCAGCCCUCAAGAACUUGUGCCUUUGGUGUGACUUCCAAAACUGCCUACUAGCCAUUACAAGCCCGCUACUUAAAAACUUUUUGACAACCCUGGUGUGGGCCCUGAUUGGCCUGUUAAAAAGCCGUUGUUUAAACACCUAUCUAGUUAUUCGUUGAGCCUGUUUGGGGCCGAGAACAAGGCUAUUGGCACUGCUUAUAGGCAACAAAAAAAGCUGAUAAAAAAGGUGUGGUGGAAUCUUGAUUAUUAAUUUGGUCUCAUAGGAACUGGGGUAAAAAGCCUGGGAAAUAUAAAGACCAGGUAAUUGAAAAGAUAAACAUUUGUUUUAUAAUGACCAUGUCCUAAUCACUUCUGCCAUUAUUUGUCCUGCAGCAUUGGCUAGAAUUUAAUAACAUAAUCUAAAAAUAACCAAAGGUGAGGGAGUUGCAUGCAAGAGAUAUUUGAAUUGCUCCAAUGCUGUGCUUUGUGUAAGGUCAAAAUGUGCAUGAUCAGUUUACAAGUGACAUCUGCAACCGCUUGAAGGUUUACUAAAAUUAAAUAAAUUGUUUUAAAAAAUGAGCAAGUUGUGGUCCAAUCCUGUUGCCACAAGGAAAUGAAUGAAUAUAUGGAAAACUACUAAAGUAUACACUGCUUUUCUUUUUAUGGGCCAUGUUUUUUGGAAAGAGAACAUUGAAGACAGAGUAAAAUUGUUGGAAUCAAAAGUUUUAAAUUGUUGUCUAAAGAUAACAACAGCCGAUUUGCAUAAAAUAGGAGGGAAUGACAUUUCAGACAACUUAGUUCCUAAAUUUCCAAGCGAGGGUGGGCCUUGUCCCUCACUCCAGUCUUGACAAUUUGAAUGGAAUUAUCCAAUUUCUGAGCUGAAUUAUAAACAUCUGAACAAUAUAAGGUAUUUUCUGUAUACAAUGAUAAUAUUUUCCCAUUUUUUCAUGAAUUUAACGCAUUUUCCAUAGAGAACUUCAUUGGACGUUACAAACAAUGUCAUGCAUGACCAACCACUAAACUAAUGCUGGUAAAGUUGACCCUGUAAACCAGAGUUAACUUUAAAAUGCUUGCAAGGGUAACUCUGACACAAGGGUUACCCUCUCUCCUUGUAAACAGGCCCUAAUAAAAUAAAUGAAUAAAAAGAUUUAGAGGACACAUUUCUUAUACCUACUGCUCGCAGUAUUUACAGGGCUAAUUUGAUGGACAGUAUUUUUCUUGGUUUACUUUGUGUAGCUAAAGGGAGUGACAACACAUCUCGAGAUGCUUCUCCUGCAACUCAGAACGGUCAAAUACCUGAUGGUGAAGUUUGUAUUUCCCCAAGUGCCAUUGCUGGUAAAGUGGAUUUGAACAGUAGUGAUGUUGUGAUCAAAGGCUCGCGUUCAAGCACAACAAGUUCACUGCAAAGUUUAGAUACCAAUACCUGUAAUGUUUCAGAUGUGGACAACAUGCCAAUCAUGACUGUGACAGAUGUUGAAAGGGCAAUGUCUGGAGAGGCUCAUUCCCCACCUGACGGAGACUUUGUUCAUCUGAGUAAUGAUGCAGUAGCCAUCAUGGCCUCGACACCUGAACUGAACCCUAAUGUGUCAUCCUCCCCUAUUGACGUGGUUAGGAGAGCAGGGUCCAGGCAAGCUGAACGUCCAAUUUCCUUGGACUUGGAGUCACUGCCAGAAGGAGUAAGUGCACACUCAAUAUUUGCAGAACUAUCCAGUCAGGAACCUGACAUUAUUGGGCAGGUGGACACGGGUGCCGAUAUUACAGCCAUGGUGGGAGAAUUGGACACAGUUUUGAAAGAAAACAAAGAGUUACUGCAAGUCAAGUAAGCCUGGCUUUUAUAAGAAUUCCAGUAAAAUAUUUUUUGCAUAAAAAUCUGUUAGACUGUAGUUAAUCCUUCUAUUUAUGGUUUACCUUCUAGAACCAGGCUUGUUACCCAAAAGAAUGACCUUCUUAAAAGGGUUGAAGAAUUGUCAAAGUAAGUAAGCCUCAUUAACUGUUAAUGUGAGGAUAAGAAUGUAAAGCUGGCAGAAGUAUUUGAAACACCUGGUCAAAAGGCAAAAAUGUUCCCCAAAUGUCAUCUAUUUGUCACAAAUUUGUUUUAUUUUUUGCCUUGAGUUCUUUGUGUUCACAUAUUUUGGAUAUAAAGAAGGCAGAAUCAUCCUUAAACUAGCCUUAGAAGUAGUCAUGAGCCAACUUUGUUUCAGUAAGAAUAUCACUUUUUUUCUCUACAAAUUGUAGGGAGUUUUUUUUCACAUUUCCUCCCCAUUGGCAUCCCGUUGGAGCUUGGACUGACUUUAAGAUACUGCUGCUUACAUUUAAAGUAAUUCAUGGCCUUGCUCCUAAAUAUCUGAGUAAUUUAUCAAGCUUUAAGUAACCUUCAUAUAACGUUAGAUUUUCAGGUACUAUUUUACUUUCUACACCAGAUGUUUGAACUAAAACUUCAUUAGGUGACAGAGCUCUGGAACAUCUCUUCCCAAAGAGUUUCUUGCAAUUACAAAUGUCUGAAGAAUCAUUUUUGAGAUCUAUGUAUUGGUGAUUGAUUUUAUUUUAUUUACGUAAUUUUUGUGCAUAUAAAUUUUAUAUUUUUUAUUAUAUUUUUUCUGUCUCUUGUAAUGCAAUGUGGUUGUAACGCACAGCUGAUCAUUCUCAUGUUAAGUUGCACACAUUAAGUUAGUAAAUUAUUAUUAUUAUUAUUAUUAUUAUUAUCAUCAUCAUUAUUAUUAUUAUUGUUAUUAUUAUUAUUAUUAUUAUUAUUAUUAUUAUUAUCAUUAUUAUUAUUAUACAAGCAAUCUAUUUUUUGCUCAUAAAAAUGUCGUCUUCCUAACAUGUCACAGUUAAAUUUGAAAUGCUAAUCUGCAACUGGGCAGAAUUUUGCUUUAUGUUUGGCCAUUUUUUUACAUAAUUAUUCUAGUGAAAAGGAGCUGGCUAGAGAUGAAGUUGAAGCUCUUCAGGAUACCAAGAACAGGCUGACAACUCACAUCUCAGAGCUUGAACAACAACUCAAGAGGUAGCUUUGAACUAUUAGUUUCUUGUGAUAAAAGAUAAUUAAAAAUGUUUUAAAUCCAAUGUAAUGUGUAUGUUUCUUAAUUCAAUAUAACUUGACAGUUCAGUUCAGAAUUAUAAUAAGUGAAUAAAUAGCUUUGCUAGGGCUGGUAUUGAGUUUGUAUCAAAUUUUACAUUUUGCAAAUAAUUGCAAAUACAGUGAAAACCCACAAGAACCUAGUUUUUAUGAAACUGUUAGGCUAAAAACUUGACCCCCUCUAUACUUGAACCGUUUAGCCUAAAAUUUGAAACAGGUUCUUAGUUUUUAAAAUGUAUUUUAAACAAAUGUGACUGUAAUCUUGUGCAAAUAAGACACCUCAACAUUCAGGAUGUUCUUUGACGUAGAUUCCCUAUCACUCCAAUUGACAUGUAAAUGCAAAAUAUGUGAAAAAAAUUUUCUGUAUUUCUUAUGUAAAUACUUAAUAUGUGGCUGAAGACCACUAAAUUCUAUUAGCUACGAUGCAAUUUAAUUUUUCUUCAGAAAAAUAGAACCUAUUUAAAAAUCUAAAUGGUUUGUAUGGUUGCAGGCACAAAAUUCCAUUUACAUUUUUCUCUCCUCAGGGUUAAAAUGGAUGCCGAAAAAACGACUGUUGCAUUAAAAGAGGUAAAUAUACUGCCUUUAGUAUUGGAACUAACACUGGUCCCAAAUAUACAAUUCUGUUCUAUGCAGAGAAAUGUAUCUGCAACAUGUAUUUAUGAAAUUAAUGUAGAGUCAACUGAUCAAUUGUUUGCGGAUACAGCUUGUCGAUUCUAUUUAUUGUUUCAGAGUAUUUGAAACAGUUCUGGUAAAUAUUUAGACCAUUUGAGAAUGUUGUUUUCUAGGCUAGUGUGUCAGCAGCUCAUCGAAAGAGGUUCACACGAGUAGAAAUGGCUAGAGUGCUAAUGGAGAGGAAUCAGUACAAGGAAAGACUGAUGGAACUUCAAGAAGCUGUGAGAUGGACAGAAAUGAUCAGGUACCUAUUCAAUAAAACAGUAGUUGAACUUCUUCAUGUACUGCUGAUGUUUUGUUGAACUCCGACUAAAAUUAUAUAAUACCAUAACUGGGAAACUGGGAAAACAAAAUGUUAGGUAAUCAUGGCUUUAUAUUACUACCAGUAGUUUUACAAAGCUGUAUUCUGUCAGUGUACAAACAGUUAGAAUUUUGUAUACAUUUGACAGUUCAAAAAUAUGAUUCAGGGUGGUUGUAGCUCAAUUCCUUUGGAAAUAUGAAUCAGAGACCAGGUUGUAACCUUAAUUCCAUUUUCAUCUUUAACAUACCUGUUUCUCAGUACUCCUGAAGUAAUAAUCGUUUAAUUUUAUAGGGCAUCGAAGGAGAGAAACCUUGAAUUGCAACAGAAGAAGAAAUCAUCCAUUUGGAAAUUGUAAGUUGCAUGGUUCUUGUGAAGUAAACAAGGAGUAAUGCCAAAAAGGUUACACUAAGUCGCAGGCAACUUUUGCAGCUCUUAUAAAAAUCUUGAAGGGAGAUUUUAUUCUUCCUAGGUUCAAAGCGACAUUUGAACUUACUGGAUGCUUCCUGCAUAAGUCCAACUUUAUCUAAAAAAUUGACAGGUUUUGUCGGCUUUGCAGAACAUUUGCAAGAACAUUUUGAAAAGGGUGAACGAAAGAGUUUGGAGGAGAAUGGUUGAAAGCUGGUACUGCCAAAAUAGAUAGAUUUAGAAAUCUGCUGAACAUUUAAGGUUACCAGAUAUCCUCAGGGGUGUCUCGUUUGCAAGUGAUAUAGCGUGUUCCAGUUAAACUGCUUAUUAAAGCGUAAAUUGAACUGGGUAUCAUUAAUAAACAAAUAAUUUUAAAAAACUCUGAAGCGUUGAUUGUUUUGUGAUUACAAUAUUAUUCACCCACAGUUAGUGGAGCUAAUUGAGGAACAGGGGAAGAAGCCUUGCAAUCAUUUUUGUACUUAGUAAAACUGGAAUUACCUGCUUUGGAAUGACAUAGAACAAACUAACCACAAAAUUAUUUUGCCAUUAGUUUCAGCAACCUAUUUGGUCCAUCUCCUAAGAAACCUGCUCCUCCCAUGGUCAGUAUCAGAUACAACUCCCCUCAGCUGGAGGGAGAGAAGCCUCCUGCCUCUCGACGUAGUAAUUCUUUGGAUUCAGGAUCUGCACCUGGUGCUGCCGCUGCAACUUCUGGUGGUGGAGGAUUUGGCAGCGAAAAGUAAGACAAAAAUAAUCGUUUUAAAAAGCUUUCUUUACAUUUGUAUUAGUAGCUCUAUUAGCAGCAUAGCAGAGCACCAAGCACACUCUGCCAUCGAGUUUGUCAUUGACACUUCUGUAACAAUUGUUUUUUCAGUGUAGAGGAAUAAUUGUUCCAAUCCCAACUCUUUAGCCUUGAGGAGGGGUGGUCCAUUGUUUUACUGUAAAUCCUUGGUGGAAAGUGCUUGUUUUAAAUUAAAAAAUUUAAUAAAGCUAAGUGUUCAGCACUAUUUAUAAGCAUCAUUUGAAAUAGGGACAUUUUCUAUUUGACAACAUUGAAGGUCAUUGGUUUUUUAAAAUGACUGACGUUGCAUAUAAAAACAAUGUUUAAGCUUCCCUUUAAUUUAGAAAGCUGUUUGAACAUUUCAGUACCAGCAGAACACUUUUCCUGGUAUCAAUAGAUUAGUGUUUUCUUUUUCCAUAUUUCCAUCAGUGUUCAAUUUUCAACUAUCUCCUCAAGUUACACACUCCCACGAGAGACCCCUGAGUCAGUGAGUCUCAGACGCAGUGAUGAGUGAUCUAUGAUGGAGACAGAUGAAUUUCAUUCUAGGGGGUACUUAUUUAAGAUAAUCAGACUCUGUCAAGACUCUUGAAGCUUAGACUUCUUUCACUAUCUGGGACCAUGUUCAUUUCAUUCAUUCAUUCUAUUUUCUUUCAUCUGUAGCUUUGACAGGCAGAGGGUUGUUGACAGAAGAGAGCGCUACAGACAAGUUAGGGCAUUUCUCAACUCAGGUAGGUCUGUGCUAAAACAUUUAAUGCAUGUUUUUGGAUUUUUUGACUAUAAAUCACAGGAAAAAAGUUUUGUUUCUGUUAAGAAUGAAAUAAAUGCAGUGAAGCUUUCUUUGCUUUCUCCUGUUAACAAAACAUAAUGCCAAUUAACCCAAGAUUCAACAUUUUGUCCUACUACAGUCAACUUUCUCUUAACAGACAACUUUAUAAAAUGGACACCUUGGUAAAGCAGACACCGAGAGUUGGUCCCUGCCUUUCUUUACUCGCUUUAUUUGACCCUCUAUAGGAUGGACAUCACUCUUAGAUGGACAGUGUCCGUCUUAGAGCGAGCUGACUGUUUUACUUCCCACUGGAAAAAAAAAACAGUUAGAAAAGUUCUUGGCAGCAUCCACCAUGUGAAUGAAGGAUUGCCUUCAAAAGUUGGUUUAGAAUAUUGACAUAAGCCAUAACGCCUUCAGGCCUAUGAGGACCAGAUGUAAGAACUUAAACAUUGGCAUUCUGAGGGAAAUAUGCUGACUCAAUUUAAACUAUAGUAAAUUUUAUUGCCUUGAAAGUCAAACUUGGUAUUAAUAUCUCUUUCCAGAUGUUUCUGAAGGUCGAAUGCAAGCUUAUGGCUGGAGUCUUCCUGCCAAAUAUUCAACUGAAGUUGCUGAAGGUGGAAAGAGUCUUGUGUCCGUUCCUGUACCAGUCUACUGUCGUCCUCUUAAUCUUAAUGAUCCAGGGAUGAAGGUAAAUAUUGCAUGUUUAAAUUUCUUACAAAAGUAGCCCAAAGGCAUUUUACUUUAGAACAUGCUUGUCACUUGUGUUAAAAUGAAUUAUGGAACUUUUUGUUUGUCAUCAUUGUACAUUGUCUUUGUUGUAAGUAUUAGGGACUUCAAGAUCCAAGCAGGGCAACAGCAGCGAAAAUGUUGUUGAAAAAGUGAAUUUGAAUUCUUUUAAUCUUCAUCACGAUUACUCCAAGUCACUAACUUUGUCAAAUGUAGGUGAAUCCUCCGAAAGUUGAAUUCCUAAGAACCAUAUCCAUGUUCAGAAGGAGAGAGGAAAUUUUGUCGUUGCUUGUGUUCUUCCUCUGUAAAACAUGAAAUUAGGCAUUUUCACAUCAUAGUCAUGUGGUGACGGCAAAGAAAUGUACAAAAAAAACGUGAUGCUCGUGCAAAGUUGUUGUUUCGGUUGUUAAACCUAUUGUUUUUUGACAUUCUCGUUGCCGUCACCAUUGUCAGAUCUUAAGGUCCCUAUUAACACAGUGAGGCAGCACCAGCUCUUAACUGAAGAAGUAACUCUCCUGGGGUCUGGGACAAACAUUUUAAGAGGCAGUUUCAAGCUUAAGAAAGUAAGAAAAAAAGAAAAGAAAAAGACUCGCAAUAAUACAGAAUUAUUAAAUUUUUGAGAUGAAGGGAAAGUAAGUAUUAAAAUGAAAGGCAUUGAAGCUACAGUCCAAGACAAAACUACUCUACCUAACACACACACACACAAAAAAACAUUUCCAAAUCAAUGCCUUUGUGUAAACAAAAUCCCCUCCCCCAGUUCAGUUGUUGCUAGUUCUCUGCCCUUCUCCAAGAAAUUUUUUCCAGGGAACUCUGGUUUCCCCUCCCCUCAAAAACCAGUACUUCCAAAUUCCAAUUCAAUCAGGAAUGCAUUGACAUGUUUAAAACGAGCUGUUAAGAACUCCUAAGUGCUUUGUGGGUAAACAAAGUACAAUUAAUAUAUAUUUUUUGUCAUCGUACAGAUCUGGUGUGCUGCUGGAGUGGACCUGUCUGGUGGUAGAACAAAAGAUGGCGGCUCAGCUAUUGGUGCAAGCAGUGUAUUCUACACAGAAAGUGCUCGUGACCAGGAAGAAGGAGAAAAGGACCCGCAACAUGAUCCUAAAGUGUCCAUGGUUUGGAUUGGAAGUAGUACACACUCUUGUAGUAAAGUCACAGUGGUGGAUGCGAACUACCCUCAGAAUAUUUUAGAUUGCUUUAUAGUGUGCACGUCGCAUCUCUUGUGUAUCACACCAGUCCCUGGUGCUUCAGAAGGGGAUUAUCAAAGCUCAGAGUGGACUGUUGAAGGUAUAUAUUGACCAUGUCUUUAUCUACCAGUAACCCCUUUCAUUCGUACACCCCACUGCAAUAACUAUGAGGGACUAAUUUCUCCUCAUUGAUCCCUGAUCCAGGGUUCUUAUUAAGUUUUGAAGUUGAUAGCUAGGAUGAUAAAGCAGGCAGCUUGGUAGUCAGUUGCUGAAGGCAAUCUCAAGCUCUCACUCUCUGACCUUACCCUUUUCCCCCAGAGAGUAGGUAGCAUAAGAUAUGAAGUAGCCAGUUUUUUAGCUGGUUGUGGUGCACUUAAUGAGAACCCAGAUAAUCAAAGUCAAAUAAGCAAAUACACCAUCUAUAUGUUAAAGUGUUGUUUCAAGCGUCCUUUUUUCAAGUGGAUUUUAUACUUACAUGUUCAGCUGACUUUUUCUGUUAGAUCCACUUCAGACAAAUGGAGACAAGGAGGAUUCAACAGCAAGUUCAAGCAAGACAGGAUUUUCUGACCCACUAGGUAUGACGGUAUUUACAUGGUUUCCAGAAGUAGAGAUCAGUGUAACAUGCGUGGAUUAAAAUGGCCACCUACCCCUCCCCUAAACCAGUAUUAAAACUAACUUAGGGCAAACUGUUGGUUUAAGGGAGGCAUGGGAGCAUUUUUAAGCAUUUUAUGAUGCACUUAUAAGGUCCUUUUUUAAAUAUCUUUUCAGUAGUAGUUUUGAUUUCUAAUACAGGGCUGAGUUGUUCAAAGCUGGGUUAAGAUAACCCAGGGUUAGUGCGAGAUUUGCAUUCAGAUUUGAAAGCGUAAAAAGCAUUUCAGUUUUAAUUCUUUUUGUCUACAAGUUGAUGAUUAGAAGCUCUAAAAAUAACAGAGUUAUAUUGAAUUAGUUCUUUUUGUAUCAAUGUAUUUGAUAAAAUUAUUUUAGGUGUCCAGGGACAGGGAUCAGAUGGUCCAACAGUGACAGAUAUAACAGCUGGAGAGAGUAUGUCACCACUGGCUGGACACAUGGACGGAAUAGAGAAAAUGAGUAGUGUACUGCCUACAAUGUGGCUUGGAGCACAAUCAGGCUGGUAAGAGCAACAGCAUCCAUCUCUGCGUUAUAUUUAACACUUUUUCUAAUUUUGAGAAAAUAGGUUUUUUUAUAAAGCCAAGUCUCAAAAAAAAGAAAUAGUAAAUCAUUUAGAAGCCAACAUGAUUCUAUAAAAUCAAUUUAAGUGUCUUCCAUUGACUUGUGGUAGUUCCCUUUGUCACUGCCCAUCUCUGAGAAAAGGGCUGCAAAUAAUGUUUUUUUCCUUAAGGGACGUAUGUCCAGCUAAGACACCUCAACUCAGUUUGGGAGGCAUCAUGCAUCUUAGAUGAAAACUGUACAUAGUAGUUUCAGGAUUCCGUGGUUGACUGGUUAUUGCCACAUAUUCACUGCAACAUUGUUAUUUCAUUGGUACAACCAUUCACGUGCACUGAAGGUUGAUUAUGUUGAACCAGAAACUCAUAAGGGGUUGAAACCCCUUAUGAGUUUCUGGUUGAACUUAUAUGAAAUUUAAUGCAGUUAACAACAAGAAGAACCACCUCUUGUCAGUCAUCAGUCAAUGUGGUGGUGCAAGCAUGGUCAGCCUUGCUUGCAUCAGCUCCAUGUGCUUAGUACAAUGCUUUCAUGGAGGCCACUCGCUUUGUUUAACCUUUGGAUUGUGCUUUUCCCCACCCCUUCCCCCUUUAUUUUUCCACUAAUAAAUCAGUGUGACAGGUGCCUGGUUCCAUUGGUGUGGGAGCUCGUGGCUGGAAGGUUCAGGUCUACCAGCCAUGGUAGCGUAACUCCCUCUAGGGACUGGCUUUGCCAAAAAUGGAAGUCCCUGGAAACAUUGUACGAUGAGGGAGUGUUAAAGUUAGCUCUGAGGCUGGUUAACAGCUUUCAACCAGUCAGCCAUUCAAUGAGAUGUUAGUUGCCUUAGAGGGUAUCAAAGUACAAAGUGUAUUCAUUUUUUAAUUGCUGAAAUUAAUAUCCUGUUGCUUGUUUUUUUUCUUGCAGUGUGUAUGUUCAUUCUGCCAUAUCUGACUGGAAGAAAUGUAUACACUCCAUCAGAUUAAAAGACUCUGUGCUUAGUAUUGUGUAAGUGUAUAAUGUUUUUAUUUAAAGAGAGGUGUAAUCUUGGCAGAACCCCCUACCCCUCCUCUGUAAGCACACUGGGUAUGCUUCUGUAGGCUUUAUGGGAGGUUCAUACAUGACACGUGUCCUGCAUACUGCUCGUAUAAUCUAGCGAGUUAAUAGAUGAAGAAAGGUGGUAUCGUUAACUUUGAUUAAAAGAUGUCACCAGUAUACCAUCCAUUUUUCUGGUUACUGGUACUUUAGAAAUGUUCCUUUAUAGGUGGUAUGAUUUUCCUGCAACAGAAAGUCUCUUCUAUGUUCAAGCCCCUUAUAAUAUUUUUAAAAAAAAAUUCAGCAGCCUUUUUCAGGAAUUUCAUUGAGAUUGUGCGGACAAUGCAAAAAAAAAAAAAAGUGAGCAGGAAAAAAAAAGCAAGUGGGUAAGGGGGGGGGGGGGGAAAAAAAUUUUUUAUAUUGAUUUUUUUUAUUUUUAGUUUGUGGCAUUUGGUUCUGUUUUGUUUCUUUUUUCAAUUUAAAGUUUUUUUUUUAUUUUUUGUUAUUUAUUGUGUUUGGGGGGGGGGGGGGGGGGGGGGGAGUAAGAAGAUAUUGAUCAGGAUUUUGUUGAAUUAUAGCUGAGAGACAUUGAGUCCUGUUAAUGUCUAUUUUCAAUUCAAUGCUUUUUUUGUCAGUUAUGUUAAUUCCCGUGUAUUGGUUGCCUUGGCGGAUGGUACAGUUGCUAUCUUUCACAGAGCUUCUGGUAAGUUAAUAUUGUAGUGAGCUUUAAUUAGCUUGAAUAAAACAAAUUGAUCUGUCCAGGAACAAACAGUACUGUAAAAAUUAAACCUUGGACUGUUGAGAUUAUACUAGCCUGCGGACACAGACGUAUUUCCAGGUUGUCGUUUUUCUCCACUUGAAAAUUUCGGGUGGAAAGAAACGACCUGUCACCAUGACUGUUGAGUGGAGCUUUUGGCCGUCAAGACCCUAUUCUGCCCAGAAAUUGUCUGUUGACCGGCCGUUAUUUUGAACCCGGUGUCAUUACUGGAGUAACUGUAGCAUAAAGGGUAUGAACAUAUCAGUCUUGUUGUGCAAGUUGCACAAAGUAUCAUCAAGACAAAACCAUAAAUGAACAUGUUUGUUAUUUAUUUCAGAUGGCCAGUGGAACUUUAACAACUAUCAUUUGCUGGAUUUGGGCCGGCCUCACCACUCAAUACGCUGUAUGUCUGUAGUGCAUGAUAAAGUAUGGUGUGGAUACCGCAACAAAAUCCAAGUGAUACACCCACGCAGCAUGAAAGUUGAGGUACAACAGUAUAGUUUAAUGGCCUUUUUUCGAAGGCUAACAGCAGCUUCAUUUAUAAGCACUUCUUCGUUGAUUGUUCAAUACUGCUACUCAUUUUUCACAAACUUAGGGAGUGGGUUCAGUGCCACCUUAAAGGAGCUGUGUCACGAAAUUCAGUCAAAUUAGGAAGUCAAAAGGGCCGUUAAAUUAAGAGAAACAAAAAUAACCGCUUAAAACUUUAAAGGAAGGUUAAAAUAACAUAACAGAAACAACAGAUGCCACCGAUGGGCAAAACUGAAGAGGACUGAAACGGAUUGAAAUUAGGGUUUUUGAAAACUGUUCAGCCUAACAGUUUGUCAAAGUUGAUCCCCGCUGCUUGCAACUUCAAAAAUAAUGCUCAGGAGAUAUAUUUGUUUGUCUCGGAUCUCUGAUUUUGUCAUUUAAAUGUAAUUUCUUUGCUUACUUUAAGUUCCAUGACGAUUGAGGGCGAGUAGUUGACAAAAUUAAACAAAAUGAACUAGACUGCCGUGACACAGCCCCUUUAACUUUUCAAAGAAUAAGAUGGCUCUUUACCUUAACCCGAAGGAGAAUGCAUAACUUAUUUUGUAGUUCAAAAGGUCAAGGAGAGCACUGUUCUACUAUAUUUUUCAGAAAACUUUCGAUGCUCACCCGAGGCGUGAGAGUCAAGUCCGUCAGCUUGCAUGGAUAGGAGAUGGUGUGUGGGUGUCUAUUCGUCUGGACAGUACACUGAGACUGUACAAUGCUCACACGUACCAUCAUUUACAGGACAUUGAUAUUGAACCGUACGUCAGCAAGAUGCUCGGUAAGCGCUUCUUUUCUUUCCACUUAAUCCUGCUCAACCUACGAAUACACUGAAUUCAACACGGCCGUCUCUCCUUUUGUCGACGCUUCUUAAAUCUCAUAUGGCGACAUUGAGUUGUGGCCAUUGAAGUAAAAACUCUUUCGGUUACAUUUUCUUUUUAGCAUUUUAGACACAUGGUCGCCUCGCCACCAACUAAAUCGCCAACAAGAACAGAACUUAGCAUAGUAUUGUUUUGAACCUUAAUGUACGGAAAUUUCUUAACCGUUACUUUAUUUUCAUAUUUCAAAGAAAUGACUAGUGGUUGUAAAACGUUUCUGCCAAUUUAUAAAUCUAUGAAAUGUCAAAGUUUACAUUCACUGUACCUAUGCAUGUAUUGUUAGUAUUUGCAUUAUCAAGAGCAUAAGACGUUCGACACAAGAAUCGUCAAUUAGGAUCGACAGAUUUGUAUUUUGGUCGACUUUAAAUUCGAAUAAGCUUGACGAAAAAGUAAAAAUCUUAGGUAAGUAAUCCUAGGCAUUAAAAUGUGUCAAUUUUUGCAGAAUUAUUCGUGGCGAUUCGUUUGUGGCGAGAUGGUUUGGGGGCGAGAUGACCGUAAACCAUUUUGUUUCACCUCUGUGUCCUCAGUUCCCGAGCCAGUAGUCCAAAGAUUCUUUAGAACUGAAACUGUCUUUGUUAUUCUUAUUUUGCGUCUGUUCAUUUUAUUUCAGGGACAGGAAAGUUGGGCUUCUCCUUCGUUCGUAUCACGUCACUGAUGCUAACCAACGAUCGUCUAUGGGUAGGAACCGGAAAUGGCGUCAUUCUCUCCGUCCCUCUUGUGGCUGCCCGUCCCGCAAGGGAUGACGGGGAUGCAGCAACAAGUUCCCCAGGGACGGGAGGGACAGGAGGUCCUGGAGGAGCAGUUAGAGUAUACAGUAAUGAAGGCAAAGAUGGCGAGGCACCCAGGGGAUCAAGCUUUAUGCCUUACUGUUCUAUGGUGAGUUGAUGAGAACUUAUCAAAAAAUCCAAAAUCUCCAUUAUAUACUUAAACAUUGGGUGUUUUGUUAUAUUCCUAGACUUUCACUUUAACAGCGACAAAGAAUAAAGAACGAAUUAAGCAAUGUCGACUCCGUACUUAUAAGGACGCAAAUUUUAUUUUCUCAAUCGUUGAAUGAUUGAUUUACAUUGUACUUUCCUUGUUAUAUGCCUCUUGUUCCUCCACUAGCUGCUGUUUCUCUUCUUGGAUAACUUCGAAAAUCAUUGCACUUUAAUUGAGACUCCAUGUUUGUGUUGUUGUGUUCAUUCACGAAAGUGAAAGUUUGCAAUGUUUUUUGCUGCCUUUCGUCACGCGUCUUUUCUUCUUGCUCUGAUCACGUGCUGUUACAUUCUGAGUGCAAGUGGGGAACAAUUGCUCAAAUGUAUCUCGAUCAGGAAACAUUUGAAUUUAUUCAGUUCCACGUGAUCAAGAAUCAACCAAUGACGGUCCCUGUUUAGUUAUGUGAAAGUCUUGGGAUAUAACAAUGAAGACUUACUUUUUAUUGUCUAACAGCUUGUGGCUAACUUUGUUUCAGGUGAACGCGCAGUUGUCAUUUCACGGUCACCGUGACUCGGUGAAGUUCUUUGUAGCGGUACCAGGUGCCAUGAAGAAAGUAUCUCAACCCGCUACCUCGUCCUCAAGGUCAGCAAGUCCCAGUGGACUGUCGGCCAAGUCCAGCGAGGCCAUGCUAUUGGUAUUGUCUGGUGGGGAGGGUUACGUAGACUUCCGGUUAGGAGACGGCGAGGAGACUGCGUUGGAGGAACAAGGAGGCGAUUUGAUAUCUGUCACAACUCGAGGCCAAUCAACCAAUGAGAGAAGUCAUAUCAUGGUUUGGCAGGUGUCAAUAACAUGAUAGCUUUCUUGCUGAAUAACGCAGCGGUAGAUAAUAAAUUCUUCAUAAUUAUUUCUGGAAGCGCUUUUUAUUUGUAGGUAGGCAAAUUGAUUCAUUUCACGGGCGGCAUAAGUUUAUUAAUUUGCAUUGCACGUAGUCUGUUCAAAGCUUCCCUUUUGCACGAUUAUCGGGAACGAGCACCUACUUCUUGGCUUCAAAUAUACCGAGUCUUAACCUCGUCCCCUGAGUUUGCCUUGUCCCUAGGCUUCUUGCUGCGUUUCGGGUCACGUGGUCCGAGAAAGUUUUUGAGUCGGAUGCGUCACCGAAAUGCAUUGACCGAGAAGGCCGCUCGUAACGGUGAACGCUCAAUCUCGACGAUCUUACGGAAAAUUUAUAGGGUACUGUGAACAGUCUACAUUACCCGUGUAUAAAAUACACCCCCAAGUUUACAAAGCUUCAUUUUAGCUCCUUAAAAGACGAUUUACGUUAAAUAUUGAGUCAUAACAUUACAUGAAUUUGUAAAUAAUUUUCCAACUAAUUUCUAAAGUUUCAGAAAGUAUUUUUGGUGGUCCGUUAAAUUAACUAUUAACGCUAUUUUGUCAGUUGUAUUACCUACCGUCUGACUAGUCUAACUUAUAUAAUACAAAUCAUUAUAUCAUAUACAAUUAUUAUUAUUGCGGGUUAUGUCCAAGGUCAUAUUAGUCCUAGUGCAAAUCAAAAAGUGGUUCAUCAAAGUUAUAAAUGACACAAAAAUGUAAUGUUCAUUCUUCAGGGAAAGUUGUACCUUCCGUAGUGAAUUAUAUUGUAUGGCUCAGAGAAAAAUAGUUUGGUUUCUUCACCUUAUAACAAAAAAAUUUCGGAGGAACAUCGAGUGUUCUGUACAAUGUCUUGUGGAAAGUUUCAAAGGGUUAUUUACCUUGAGAGCAGAGGUUUCUUUCUGGAAUGGCUUUAGCAUUUGCAAAGUCGUUCGCGUCGCUUGUUAGUCGCGUUUUUUUUUUACGCGACUGACAAGCCACGCGAACGGCCUUAAAAAUAUUAAAAAAAACAAAGAAAGAAACCCCUUCUCGCAGGGUAAGGGUCGUUCUGAGAUGGGUACAAAAACUGAUGGUUCCCUUUCCACCUCUUUCAAACGAUACAAAUACAUCUUAAGCCUUUUCUCUCAAGUCCAAAUAAUGUAUUAUUAACUUUUGUAAUUUUCAACCAUUUGUAGUUUGAAAGUUGCGACCAAUCCUUUAGGUUUUGAUCUUGAAAAAUAUUAAGUAAUAUAUGUUUUUAGACUUUAGUGAAAUAGUUAUUUUUUCGUAUAAUUUCAGAAUCUCGAUUUUUGUACACGGGUGAAAAGGCAAAGAUGCUUGCAAGGAAUUUGGUUGUAAGCAUUUCUUCUUUCGUCUUUCAUGGUCUUAGAUCCUGAAAUAGUUUUUUUCAAUAACAAGUAAUAAAAAGAGAAACAAGGCAACCUAGACCUUACAAGAUUUAUUUAUUGUCUAUAGUUUUGCUCUUCACUUUAUUAUCUGGGGCUUAACAAAUAUAUUAGAAGAUUCAUUCCAAACUCCUUUACUUUAAACAUCGCUGUCAAUAUACUAUAGUAGUAAAUGAACAAAUUCAGCAGAACAAAAGAUCUGUCUGAGACGUAAACAAUAAAACAUGC